AUGGCCUCAACCGAACGAUCUAGCAGUCAUCUGGACACCACAGCCAUUUCAGCGUCUCCGGAUGCGACACCAAGCUACGAUCUGGUAAGCAUCGGCUUCGGAGCUGCUCAGUUAGCCACAGCGAUCGCGAACCAGGAAACUCGAAAACCGCUUAGCACACUCUACCUCGAGCGCAAACCGUCAUUCUCAUGGCAUACGGGAUCGCAUACAGCCAGAACCCGCAUGGAAAUUCCCUUUGUUUAUGAUCUCGCCACUCUCCGCAACCCGAGGACGUCCUUCAGCUAUGUCAACUAUCUGCUGGAGAAGAAACGGUUGGUCGAGUUUGCCAACUCUGAUCGACUGAAUCCUCUCCGCGAGGAAUUUGACGACUACAUGAGAUGGUGCGCCGAAAAAUUCAAAGACCAGGUUCGCUAUGGCAGCGAAGUCGUAGGUGUAACUCCUGAGAUGGACAACGGUGUCGCCAAAGGGUGGAGAGUUGCCGUUCGAGAUAGUCAGGGUAAAACAUAUGCGGUACGCGCAAGGAAUAUUGUAGCACCUUCGCCAUCACAGCAGAAGCCUGUAGCAUCACCUCCCCUGACGACAAUCGACUUCCUUUCCGGACAAAGGAUCAUUCCCAUGAAUGAAUACCCUGCGCGAAGAGAAGAGCUGCGAGGUGCAAACGAGCCACGUCUCAACAUCUCUGUUAUUGGCUCUGGGCCACAGAUGGCGGAAGUACUCAAUGACAUUCUUUCAUGCCCUCGUCUGGGAAACAUUACAGUGGUGACCGAGGAUGAAUCCUUGGCUCCACUGACAGUGCUCAACGACCAAGAGCCAGCACAACCACAGUUGUGCUCCAUAUGGGCGAAACCCACUGCAGACAAGAAAUUGUCAGUGGCCGGAGCUUCCGGGCUGGUCCAGGAGAUUUACAUGCGCGGAUACGAAAAACACGUCCGAACCAAGGGUGAAUACAGGCUUCGCGUCCUCAUCGGCAGAGACGCUCGCGCUACUUGCUCCAAGUCCGAUGUCAUCAUCCGAGAUACUGCUGUCAGCUCCAUGUCCACCGGGAGCCUCCUGGAGAGCUUGGAUGGCCUGAUUCUUGGCUGUCACCAAAGGAGCGAGAGCCUGGAGGAGGUGCAGUUCAAGCGAGGCGCCGUUGCCGAUGGCUGCAGACUCUGGCUAGUCUCAUCAAAAUCGGAAGGAGGACGUACGCUGGCAAAAGACGUAGCCCUUGCUGCGGGUGAAGUCGUGCGCAAGGUGUCGUCAGUGGCUCAGGCGUCACAGGCCGGGGUGGUUCAAGUGCAAGCUCGGAUGUAG